AUGCUAGAAAUCAGAACAAAAGGUUUGUCUUCAAGUUCGACGGAAAAGUUGUCCAGUACAUCUAAAUGCCGAAGGAUUGUGAUCUGUUGGAUUGUGAGCUGCACGUCUGGACUUGAAUCCCUGGGACACACAGGAGGAGCAGAGACUGUCGUCUUCGUGAGCCUGGAUUCUGAAUCCCUGGACCGCUGCAUCCAGACUGCUCUGUCAGCUCUCUACCCGCCCUUCCAGGCAACCUCCCCAACUGUCCUUUGUCAAGUCCUCAACGUGGUAGAGAGCUGCUACAGGGGAGACGGCCUCCGCUAUCUGAUCCAUUUCCUGCUGCCUGCAAAGCAGUUCUUAGCAAAUCUCCAGCAAGAUGCCUGUUUGCAGUACUGCGGUCUGUUGUUCCGUCAUGAAGGCUGGCCCCUGUGCAUCCAUGAGAAGGUAGUUGUUCAGCUCUGUCCUCUGGACCCACGCCUCCUCCGUCCAGGAGACUUUUACCUGCUGGUUUCUCCUCCUGCUGCUGUCCCUCCUCCAUCUCGAGCACGGGGCGCCCCCUGCAGGAGCGCUGUCACCUCCUCCCCUCGCCUGCUCCUGUGCAGCGUGUCAGCCAGCAGCCAUCAUGUGGAGCAGCAGGAGGUGUUGGAGAUAGCCCGGCAGUCCCUCUUCAGCAUGGCCUGGUUGGACUCUGUCAACAGGGAACGGGAGCAGCGAGGAGCGUCCAGGCUAGAGCGCUGCCUCCUCACUGCCAAUGGAGACGUCUUCAGGGUUCCCUGGGAGGACCUUGUUUACCCACAAUUCAUCAAUCGACCCCGAACCACUGUGAGGGAAGAUAAGGAAGCUUCAGUUAAAGAUGGCGAUCUGUUGAUAAACACAUCAACCAAUCAGUGCAAAGAUACUAAUACCUCAAGAAAGGAUGCUAAGCUCCUCCCAUCCUCUUCAAAAACUGACCAAUUGCAAGCAAACAGCGAUGACUCAGAGUCAGAGGGAGAGUAUGUAGAGCUGUCAGAGCUCCCGAUGCCUCGUUUCUCCCCGCAGAAAGGCUCCUUAACCCAGUCCAUCAGCCUGCAGCACCGAGCACGCACCAACAGUCACACUGCUGCACAGACACCCCAAAACACUCCACACUCCGCUGUGAGCGCACAAGCUCAAAACAAAAGCAUCAAUAUACACUCUACUCUCAAAAACACACCUAAGGACACUAACACACUAAUUAAUGCUGCUACCACACACACCACACACUCUUCCUGUGAGAAGGAGAGUUCUCAAACUGGGCAGUGCUCCAGGCUUAUCAAGGAGAACCCUAACCAGGAUUUCUCUGGAAAUGUGAUCCUCACCCCCAUCUCCACCACCUCCACCAGCUCCUUUUUCUCCUUUGCUGCUCCUCCUGAAGUCAUGGAAACUUCCAGUCGGAUGUCACAGGAGGAAAUAGAAGGUACUGAUUCAGACAAGAGUCUGAAAACAAACACUGAAACUGCAAACUACAUAGAACACACAGAGGAAGAGGAAGUGGAAGACAGCAAGGUGGAGGUGGGAGAAGAGAAACAAAGGAAAGUGAGAGAGACAGAGAGGGAAGAGGUAGAGCUGAUGGAGAGGCAGAAAGAGAAGCAUGAAAAGGUAGUGUCAGAUAGAGAAGGUGACGAGAAGGCAGAAGAACAGGUAGAGAGCACAGAGAGGAGGAUGAGUAAAGAGUUCCUCCACACAAACACAGCUGAGGAGGGAGAAGAUGAGGAGUAUGAAAGUGAGUCAGAGGAGGAUGGAGCAGAGGAGGUGGAGGUAGAAGAAGAGGUUCAACUUACAAUCGUGCAGCAAAGUCAAGAAAGACGGGAAGAGGAGCAGCAUGUGUCAAAAGAAGAUAUAGGAGGUGAACAGAAACAUAAAGAUCAGGUGCAUGAUGCACGAUCUGAGGGAGCUUGUUCUGAGAGUAAAACACAGCACACACAUCCUGAAGACUCUUAUUCUGAUCAUGAUACACAAUGCACACAUCCUCAAGACUUUUAUUCUGAUGAUAAUACAGAAUGCACACAUCCCAAAGACUCUUAUUCUGAACAUAAUACACAAAGCACAAACUCUGAAAACUCCAUUUCUGAAAACAAUGUAAAUCCCUCACUCUCCAAGGUCUCAGAUUGUAAACACAGAACACAAUUUGAGGAAUCCAUUGCACCUCCUGAACUCUCUGCAGGCUCUUUUUCUGUGAAUAAUUUAGAACAAACACACUGUACAAACUCUAAUACUGAAAAUAUUCAACAAAGCACACACCCUAAGGACUCUUUUUGUCAAAACAGCUCACACAUAGAAAUUGAAAAGUCAAAUAUGCAACAUGAGAAGCCGCAGGAUUCUUAUUGCAAAACAAACACUCUACAAACUAACUCAGAAGACUUAAAAUCUGACACAAACACACAAGAAUCCCAGGUUGAAGACUCAUAUAGUGAAAAGAACACAUUACAAAACCAGUCUAAAGACCAUCAUUCUGAAAUAAAUGCACAUCAAACUCAGUCUGAAGACUCAGAUCCUCUGGGGAACACUCUACAAAAUCUGUCUGAAGAAUCUCAUUCUGAAAUAGAUUCACUGCAAACUCAGUCUGAGGACUUGGAUCCUGUUGGGAACACACUACAAACUUAUUCUGAAGAUGUGUCUACUGAAAUCGACACGCCAAAAGCCUUUGCUGAAGACUUGUGCUCCACAAAGCACACAUUUAAAACACCCUCUGAUGAGUCCGAAACACCAACAAGGGUUCCAGACUCACCUGAGAGUCAAUCAGAGGAGUCUGAGAAUGCACAAGAGAAGAAGAAGGAGGAGGAGAAGAACGGGGAGUUGGAGUGCUGCUGUGAGGAGGUUGGUGGAGGAAGAGCUGCCGAGCAUCAAACUGAAGGCUUCAGGAGUGACCCUCCUCCUUUACCGCCACAUGUUGGUGUGUCUGCUGAUCCCAGUACAACAGAACCACAACAGCCAUCAUCUACUCCACAUCCGGACCAUUCAGAUGCUCCCACAGUCCCUUUGCGCCUCACCAAGUCCUCCCUGUCCAGGCGGUCCAGCUUCUACAGUGUGCUACUUAACUCUGCAGCUCUGUGUCUGCCUGGAACCAGAGAUCGAAGCGGCCGGGCUCUUCUGACAGUUUGUACCAGGAACUCUGUGUGGUCAAACCCCAACUGUGAUAGCGCAGAGUUGCGGCGUCUCCUGCUCUACUACGCCUCCACCCUUAGGAAGGAUGUGGCAGCAUGUGGGCUGACAGUCCUGGUGGAUGCCCGUAGAGCUGCUCCUGCUCCAGCCUUGCUCUCCGCCCUGAGGUCCCUGCAGGAGAACAUGCCAGGCUCCAUCCACUCUGUGCUGCUUCUGGUCAGCAAGGACUCGUCUCUACGUCUGGAAAAACCUGCAUCCAUACAGGUGGAGGUGUUGAGCUCCCUGAAGUCUGUUCAGAAACAUGUGGAGCUAAGACAGCUUCCCACAGAAUUUGGAGGAUCUUUUAGCUUCAGUCAGAGCAGUUGGCUUUGCUUUAGAUCCAGAGUGGAGCAGCUGACCAAUCAGUGUCAGGUUGUUAUCAAUCUGCUGCAGAAAACCAUCAACAUCCUGCAGUCCACCUGUCUACCUGCUGCAGCCCAGGAUGCUGAGCUGUUGCUGUCCAGGUACAAGACCGAGAUGCGUAGUAUUCUAGAAGACAGCCGAUUGGUGCAGUUGCAGCAGGAGGGUGGAGCCUUGUUGUCGCGACUCCGCAGAGAGGAGAGCAGCCUCAGUGAGACUGAAGAUUAUCGAGUGGCGGUGGAGACUGUGUCGACUCUGUAUGACGAGGUGGACGAGCUGCUCCACCGCUUGGUGACCCUGUCCAACUCCAGGACUCAGGAGCUCACCUUCAUCCUGGAGUUCAACCAACUGGAGCAGGGUUUCAGUGAGGUGAGGUCGUGGUUGCAGGAAGUUGGAGAGGUUCGUCUGAGGAGCCUAAGUGAGCCGGAUGAUUCUUUGGAGCUUCUUAACAAAAAACAACAAGACUUUAAAGAGUUUCACCCUAAUGCAUAUGAACACUGCAAACAGGGUGAGGUACUGUUGAGUCGUCUUGAGCGUUGGGGCAACAUGUCAUCAGCUGACCUCCACAUCUACGAGGACAAAGUUCAUUCUUUCUGGGCUCAGCUUCAGGAUUUCUCACAGCGAGUCAAAACCACAGGCAGGAACAUUGAACGGGCUGUCUGCCUCUACCGCUUCUUGGACCAGGCCUAUGGCUGGGCUUUGGAGGGUAUGCGUCACCUAGCUGGUGUCAGCAUGGAGGACUGCACACUGCCAGAAAAAUGCCAGUCUGUGAUUGGCUGCCUGGAGGACUACCAGCGCCAGCACCCACCAAUCCCAGAUAGACGUUUUCAGGAGAUGAAGGCGUUGGCGGAGGAGCUGAGGGGUGACCGAGGCCUCCGUCAAUGGAGCUUUGCUUGGUCUAAAUGUCAGGAGACCAAGAAGAUGUUUGACAGGAAGAUGGAGGCGGCGCUCAGGACAAGAGACUCCGCCCAUAGACACCGAUCUGACUCUAACCUCAGCAGAAGCUCCACCUCCUCUAGAAAAUCACUGUCAGGACUUUUGGGGGUCUUUGAUAAGUCCCCCUCAUUGUCCUCCUGUCCAGCUGAGGAGGAAAAGUCCUCGCCUCCUCGCAGCACUUCAUCCUCCCUUCUCUUCAACACCUCCUCGUCAGUCACUUCCUCCAACACCACCCCGCAGAGCACCCCGCUUCUCCAGCGCCUCUUCCGCAGCCCUUCCUCUGAGGAGUCGUCGGACCAGGUGGAUAUCUGCUCCUCUAGUCCUAGCCUCCCUCGCCUCGGCUCAUGCCACAGCUUCACUCCCUCCUUAGCCUCCUCUCCCUCCACCAGCUCCUCGUCCUUCUCCUCCAGCAGACGGCAGCAGCUGAGGAAAACUCAGAGCUUUGACUGUCCCUCCACCCCAGAGUCGUCACGGUACGGGCCGAAUCCCAGGGCUCUCAGUGAGCCCGUACGCAGAGGAAACACAGGCGUGUUCAUCCGGGGUCUGGAGGUCAGUAGCUCAGAGGCAGCUGACCGCACCCUUUGCCCCAGGACGGCUGCUCACGGGUGGGCUGGACAGGGACUGCGCAGCCCUGGGACACCCAGCAACCCCAGGACCAAUGGUAGUCCAGCAUCAGAGUCCAGACCCAGAGGGAGUAAGCUGAGGCACGUUGUGGAAGAGAUGGUGACCACGGAGAGGGAGUACGUCCGCUCUUUGAGUUACAUCAUCCGUCACUACUUCCCCAUGAUGGACCGAGCCGACCUUCCUCAGGACCUGCGGGGAAAACGCACCGUUGUGUUUGGAAAUCUGGAGAAGCUUCUGGACUUCCACAGUCAGUUCUUCCUGAAAGAGUUGGAGGCGUGCUGGAAACAUCCGCUCAGAGUGCCACACUGUUUCCUCAGACAUCAGGAGCAGUUCAGUCUGUACGCUCUGUACAGCAAGAACAAACCAAAGUCUGAUGCUCUGCUUGCGCUGCACGGACACUCCUUCUUCAGGAGGAAGCAGGUAGAGUUGGGAGAUAAGAUGGAUCUGUCUUCCUACCUGUUGAAGCCCGUUCAGAGGAUGAGUAAAUAUGCUCUGCUCCUCACUGACCUCAUGAAGGAGGUGGGCUUAGCUCAGGAGACAGAGCUUGCUGCACUACAGGCCGCCACCAACAUGGUCAAGUUCCAGCUUCGCCACGGCAACGACCUGUUAGCAAUGGACGCUAUCCGAGACUGUGACGUGAACCUGAAGGAGCAGGGUCAGCUGAUACGUCAGGACGAGUUCACUGUCUGGAUGGGGAGGAGGAAAUGCCAGCGUCACGUCUUCCUGUUUGAGGAGCUCGUUCUCUUCAGUAAACCCAAAAAGAUGGAGGGAGGGCUGGACGUCUUCAUCUACAAACAAUCUUUCAAGACAGCAGACAUCGGUUUGACAGAGUCGACGGGGGACAACGGGCUCCGUUUUGAGAUCUGGUUCAGGAGGAGGACAUCCAAGAACCAGACAUUCAUCCUUCAGGCUAACACAGCUGAGGUUAAACACGUCUGGACGAGUGACAUCGCCCAGAUCCUGUGGACUCAGGCUACCAAGAAUAAAGAGAUGCGUCUGAAGGAGAUGGUGUCGAUGGGAGUGGGAAACAAACCUUUUUUGGACAUCCAGCCGAGUGAUGCAGCCAUCAGCGAUCGAGCCGUUCACUACAUCAUGAAGAGCAGAGGUGCCAGAACGCGAGCGUCCAUUGCGGUCUCUGUGUUUGAUCACUCCAACCCGUUCAAGCGAGGAGCAGUGACCUCUGACACCGCAGCCUCUGGACCGUCUUCAUCCAGCCUGCUGGGGCCGCUUAACCUGCACAUGUACAGUCAAACCCUGUCCUCAUCUCCUGCUGCUGAAAGCUCCUUCAUCAACCCUUGUAUCGAGGAGGACGAGCAGGAGCAUGAGACCAGCAGUCAGCCCUCCAUGACCACAGAGAGUUCAGGCUCGUCGUCUCGCUGUCUCUCAGGCUCCACCGGGUCCGACAGUGGCUGCGUCUCCUCCCACCUCCAGGAGGCGCUUCAGGAGGAGCCCAGCCCCCCCAGCCAGCCUUCCUCCUCUUCCUCCUCCUCCUCCUACUCCUCCAACAAACAGCACCUCAACAGCCAGUACAUUUCAGCUAAAACUGCUCCAGUUAUCAGCCCAGCCACCAUUGUGUGACUGCUGACCAGAUGGACUGGACUGUCCGUCAGCUUCGUGCUGCAGUUUGGAGUUUCCUCAGAUUUGAAUCAGCGAUGUUUGAUUGUGUCACAUGUUUGGAUCAGUUGUGUUCAUGUUGAUGAGCUCCACUAGUUUUUGUCCUGUAAAUAAUGACUGUUAGAGUUUAAUAAAUCCUCUCUCUGUCUCUAGUUUGACUCCUCACAGCUGCUGUCUGUUUGUAGUUCUGAUUUAGCUUCAGUUCGUCAGCAGCUCGUCCCGGCUGUGAGGAGUUCAGUUUGUGUCUGAGCUGUUCCACGAUCAGCUGGAUGACAUGUACAUGUGUGUAAAUAAAACCACAGCUGAGUGUCUGCUGUCACUUUUCUUACUUGAAUAAUAAUAAACAUGAGUUUGUUUCAAACUGA